CACGCGAGUGGAGGCUCCCCUCCGUCUGUGCUCCGUUUUUACUUCGGGCUCCGGAUCGGCCGUUGAUCGAGACAAAGGAGCAUUUUUUCAUAGAGUACUGAUGGCUGUCAAGGGACUAGUCUCGUCGAUUGUCAAGUUUCUGACAGACCAAUUGCAAGAUGGCGAUAUAACUGCUGAUUCACGAGAGAGUUUGGAAGUAGCAAUCCAGUGUCUGGAGAGUGCUUAUAAUGUGCAAGCCUCUGAUGCCCCAGCAAACGUAAAUCUGUACCAAAUUUAUAAAAAUGCAGUGGAGAACGCCGCACCGGUUCUGGGUCCAGAAGCUACGCCAGAAGUAAAGGCUGAAGCAGAAAGAUUGAAAAAUGAAGGCAAUGCACUUAUGAAACAAGAAAAACAUCAAGAAGCGCUUGCCAAUUACACAAAGGCAAUAACAUUAGAUUGUCGCAAUGCAGUGUAUUAUUGUAAUAGAGCCGCCGUUCAUAGCAAACUUGGUAAUCACACCUUAGCUAUUAAAGACUGUAACACAGCGCUUUCAAUUGAUCCGUCGUACAGCAAGGCAUACGGUCGAUUAGGUUUAGCAUAUUCAAGUUUGGAGAGGCAUAAAGAGGCCAAGGAGAGUUAUGAGAAAGCCUUAGCAAUGGAACCAGAUAACGAGAGUUAUCGGAACAAUUUGCAAUUGGCAGAAGAGAAAUUGGCCCAAUUAGGUGUCAAUCAAUCUCUCCCUAAUUUACCCGGCAUGGACUUGAGCGCUCUUUUAAGCAAUCCUUCUUUAAUGAAUAUGGCGCGUCAGAUGUUAUCCGACCCUGGUAUGCAGAACAUGAUGUGUAAUCUUAUGACUGGUAACGUGGAAGAGGGUGGUCGUAUGGAACUACUCAUAGAGGCAGGCCAACAAUUGGCGCAGCAAAUGCAGAACGCAAACCCCGAGUUGAUCGAGUCGCUGAGACGACAAAUGGGCGGCAAUCCGAACGAUCCGGAACCACCGCAACAAAAUUAA